GCAAAGCAGCCGCGCCGAGCCGCGGCGCGCCAGAAGCGCUCGGGUCCCUCUGCGGGACACAUGCUCUGAUUUCAUUAUUUUAUUAUUAUUUUUUCUUUUUUUAGGGUGGUCCUUUUGGGGCCCCGGGAGUCGUCUUCGAGGAUUUUUUUUUUAUAUAUGUGGUUUGGUUUUUUUUUUGGAGGGAUGGUUGGCGAAGCCGCCCGCCGAUCGUUCCCAAACCGCUCCGCUCCGCGCAGGAUGCGCCCGGCGCUGCGCCCCCCGUGCCACCGGGGCUGCCUCCCCCUGCUGCUGGCGGAGGCUGUUUUGUCAGUGGCUGCCUCAGUGGAGGUUAGGUGGGACAGGGACCUAACCAGGAAAGGGGAAGACUUCUACCAGGUCCAGGACAGCGAUUUGUAUUGCAGGAUGUGCCCCGCAGGCACCUACGUGGCAGAGCACUGUAAGGAACAAAACGGCUCCAGCACGUGCUUGCCGUGUGAUGAAGACGGGUACAUCGAAUACCCCAAUCGCUUCGACAAGUGCCUGCGCUGCUGGACGUGCAGGGAAGACCAGGUGGAGCUGAGUCCCUGCAGUGCCACCAGGAACACGCAGUGCGCCUGCAGGAACGGCACCUUCUGCUCCCCGGACCACCCCUGCGAGAUGUGCCAGAAGUGCCGCACCCGGUGCCCCAGUGGGCAAGUGAAGAUAGCUCCGUGCACGCCGCACAGCGACCUCCAGUGCGGCCCCCCCACGGGCUCCAUCUCCGGCUCCUCCACGAUCACCAUCAUCAUCCUCAUCGUCGUGGCACUGGUUGUGGGUCUGCUGCUGGUCUUGCUGUGGAAGCGCUGCUGCAGGCACCCCGCUGCAGGGGACAGCAGAGACCUGGGCAGAAAGUCAGGCCAAGUGGUGGUGAGUCGUGCUGGGGGCUCUGCUCGGUCCCUGCUUCGCUUGCAGCCCCCCCGGGAAGGCUGGGGGAGCGUGCAGGGGGCUGUGGCCGAGCAAAGCGGGGGUCUCCCGCGGCUCCCCCCCCCCCGGGGGCUGGUAUCACCACCCCGGCUGGGAGUCUCCAGCUUGGCAGCUUUGUGUUUCUCUCCCCCCCAGCACUACCUGGUGCUGCAGCUGACCCGGAUGCUUGCGGGGAGGGCUGGGGACGCGGACAACAUCCGCAACGAGCACCUCUCCCAGGACCAGGAGCGGGGGCUGCUCCCUGCCGUGGGGGCUCCCGACGCCCCAGGGCUGGAGGAGGUGGUAGCAAGGACCUCGGAUCCCGCUGUGAAACCCCAAAAGAUUUUGGUUCCAGUGCCAGGAGAAGACCCCGUUAUCCUUCUGCGCCGCUCUUUCCACGUCUUCGCCCGCGACGUGCCCUUCAAGGACUGGAAGAGGUACGGCCGAGCCCUCGACCUGCUGGAAAACGACCUGGCUCUGGCGGAGAUGAACGACAAAUACUCGCAGGAGCCCUUCUUCCAGAUGCUCAACACCUGGCAGAACAGGCAGGGGAUGAGCGCCUCCGUCAACACGCUGCUGGAGGCCCUGCACCGCAUCGACCUGGGGGGCAUAGCAGAGGACAUCUCCUGCAAGCUGGUGCAGCAGGGCUCCUUCCAGUACCAAGUGAGCUGAGCAGCACCUUGGGACACGAAUACCUCGAAGAACAGUUCCUUUUUUUUAUUAUUAUUAUUACUUUUUUAUCGGGGCUCACAGCUCCUGAAGCCCCCUUGUACAGCUGAGCCUGCAGGAGCCGAUCCUCUUGGGAAUCCUCUUGGGAUCCUCUUCGUGGCCUCCUCUGUCAGACCUCGGUGCCUUCCUCAUGAAACCCAAGCUGGUGCCUUCGUUUCACACUCACUCAACACAAAUGAGCCAAAAACUACUGCCAGCUGCCUUCAGGAUUGUCUCACGGGGAAGCACUGCUUUUCUCUGGACCUCACGAGGCUCGGUGCCAAGCAGCAUCUUUGCACAGUGCAGGCAUCCCCUGGAUUUUAACUGGAUCGUCCUUUCCUGGGCUUUUUUUUUCCUCAUUUUGGUGGGAUUCCUGGCAUCUGUAACGACUUCUGCUGGCAGAACAUCUCAGAGGUGGCCAGCCUGCCUAACACUGCUCGGUGGGCUGGCAGCAGUUGGGUUCUUGGGUUAUUUCUUAAAAGCUUUUUUUUUUUUUUUUUUUUACAUUUUUUAGGCUGUAGCAGUUCUGCUUGUUGUUAGUAAACCCCAGACUGGACUCGAGGGGAGGGCUGGCUCUGUGGUCACCAAUAUAAAAAAAAAAAAAAAAGGUUGAUGGAAGGAGCAGGAGGGAAAACAGCAAAUUAUCAUCCUGAGAAACCCUCCUCUGUGCUCCGUGACCGUGGUUGGGGGGCUUGGAUCUCCUUCCCCUGGCUCUGGGCGCUUGCUGGCCCCAUCCACCUCGAGAGGUGACCACACCGAGCAUCCUCCACCCCUCCUCCAGCUGGCUGGAUCCCUCCCCAGGGACAAACACAGCUCAGGGACAACGUGGCUGGAAACCUGCAGGGUUUGAGCUGGCUUAAACGUGCAGCAGCCCAGCCCCUGGGGAUCUGCCCGGGCGCAGGGGCAGCUCCAGCUCCUCUGCACCCCCCGACUCCGUCCUCCCCCCUCCCCAAAAUUUGACAACUUUUUU